GAGGUCGCUACGAGAAACUCUCUUUUUCACUAAGUGUGAAGAGGAAGGAGAGGAGAGCACUCACAGCGGUUACUACUCCGAUCCACUUUCUCCGGGGUUUGUCACGGGAUUUCAAUGUUCAGCCUGUUCUUUUGUUUCUGUGUAGAUUUGGGCCGCACAUUUAUGGCGUUUGUGAGUGGAGACUUUUGCCAGGCUCAGCACCUUGCCUUUGAGAACAAGUGAAUCAUCAGCCCCCUGCGGGACUACGCUACCCAGAAACCCCCCUGACGACUAGCACACUGGGCCUAGUGUGUCUCUCUCUCUCUCAUCCCCCUGGGAUCACGCGUAGUCCUCUGCUUGAGCGCAAACGAGAACUCCCUUCCUCCCCUGAAGCUUUCUGUCUGUACAGUCAGUCAGAAACACCUCUCCUGAAUGGGGUAAUCUACAAUUGUCUCAUUGGAUGACUGAAGGGUAGUCCCCUUUUUAUUUUAUUUUUUUUUUUUUUACGUUUUCAUCAUCCUGUUUUCAUACAUCCCUCGAGCACUGUGGAUUAGAUCAUCCUUCUCUUCUUUUUUUAACUUGAUUUUUACAACUUCCUGUAGUCCAGUGCCCUCCAUCUCACCCAUACUCAUUUUUUAAUUUAUUUUUUUUGUACUACAAGUCCUUGCUGAAUCUGAGCCAAAGCAUUUUUUUUACGGAACAGGAAUCAUACUUUUUUAUUGUAACUGUUUUAAAGCCGUCUCGCCAACAUGAACCGCCCUGCCGCUGUUGAAAUUUCCUACGAGUGCAUGAAGUUCCUCAUCACGCAUAACCCUACCAACUCUACACUCAACAAGUUCACAGAGGAGCUGAAGAAAUUUAAGGUAAACACACUUGUGCGUGUGUGUGAGGCCACUUAUGACAAGGCGCCGGUAGAGAGGGAGGGCAUCCAAGUCCUGGAUUGGCCUUUUGAUGAUGGAGCUCCACCACCCACCCAGAUUGUUGAUGAUUGGCUAAACCUGUUGAAGACCAAGUUCCGAGAUGAACCAGGGUGCUGUAUUGCGGUCCACUGUGUGGCGGGCUUGGGCCGAGCACCUGUACUGGUUGCCUUGGCCUUGAUCGAGAGUGGGAUGAAGUACGAGGACGCUGUGCAGUUUAUACGACAGAAGAGACGUGGAGCCUUCAACUCCAAACAGCUUCUUUACCUCGAAAAAUACAGACCUAAGAUGCGUCUGCGGUUCAAGGAUGCCAACGGUCCCAACUGCUGCAUCCAGUAAAAUGUUAAGUUGUACACAACUAGUGGGAAAUUCGCUUAGGGGAGAAAGUACAAGCUGUGGGUAAUUAUUGUGAUGAUUUAUACUGAGUCAUGGCUAAUCGAUCACAGAUGUAAUGAGUGAAAGUUAAUCUGUGGAUUCACCAGCUGUAUGAAUGAAAGAGGUCAAAGCACACAGACGUGCCUGCCUUCUGGUUACCAGUGUACCAGUCACAGGCUACAAUAAACAGAAGCCCCUCCUGAUUUUCCCAAUUGCCCAAUCUUGGGUUAGCUUCUUACUUUUAAUUAUUUUGAAAUGAAUUAUUUCAACUAUGGUGAAAAGAUUUACAAUUGUGAAAUACUGAUGAUUUUGAUUAUGAUAAACAUUAGUGUUAUAAUUGGAAAAGACAAUACACAUGACUUAAAAAAAAAAAUCACAAGGCAGUGUUUUAUUAAAACAACAACUCAAGUUGUUCAGAGGAACCAGAACGUUCCUUUGAAAUGCAGUGCUGUUCUCCCCCUUCCUUGAAGUCACUUUUAAUUUAGGGUCAGACUGGGUUUUAAAUGUCGACUGUAUUUAUUCACUAUAAUUAGUGUGUCUUGUCAGGAGGAUGGUUGGUGCCAGGACACUUUUCUUUCUUUCUUUUCCUUAUGGAGCCAUGUUAUUUUCCCUUUGUUUUCUGAAUCUCUGGGGAGUGCAAUAUUCAGUCCAGCUUAGAAAGUAGUCAUCUUUAGGACCGUCCUACAUACACGCACGCAUGCACACACAGAAAGGAGAAUGCGUGGCUAGUUUUAGGUACUUCUCACUCAUCAUGUCUUCUCACUUCUUGCAAGUGGGUCAGUAAAAGCCUUUGCUGUUGGCCAGACUGCCAGUACAUUUAUACACACAAACUUGUUCAGCUCAUAGGCACACUCAAGGAAGAGAAAGGUGGGAGACUGAAAUUGUUUUUU